AUGGUUUCGUUAGAGAACGGUAUCGGAACAACGGGCGGCUUCACCUGUGGCCGGGCCUUUGUUAUGGGUCACCAGCGUCUCUCAGGUGGGUUGGGACCAGUUUCAGCAUUCAUUGAUUGCUUUAGGAUUGGGUUAUUGCUUUUCUGCGUCCCUUCCGCCUCUUUUGGCUGCAGCUGCCAUUGAGGCGUUGCAUCUAAUUGACGAUAAUAAAAAUCUUGUUGGUCGUUUGGGCCAAAUCUCAAAACGAAUUCAUGACACUAUCGAAGCAUCGCUUCAACACACCGAGUUUGUUCUCCAAGGCGCUCCUCAUUCCCCGUUGAAGUUAAUUCACUGCAAGGAAGAAGACAGCGAAAAGAGGCUUAAUCAACUUGUUGAGAAGGUGGGCAUACAUAGAGUACUCAAAACAACCUAAUAUUUAAGUUUAUGGGAAACGGAAUCGUUGUGACCCGCUCAAGGUUUCUGGAUCAGUCGGAAACAUUUGCAGUCCCUAAAGGGUAAGUUUGAUUUGUCGCUAACAAUCCAUAAGGGGGUUCCGAGUAAAUUAAAAUACUUUUGCCCAUGACGCUCAACACGAGUUUUGCCCAUAACAACUUUUUCUUCUGCACUGUACAAGGCCCACCAAAAUAGGCAAAAACUUUGCGAGGUGCGAAUAAUUCUUUCUACUGCGCCGUUCAGAACAAGUUGUAUCCUUGUUCUAUGUUCGGCUCCGCACAUUGCAGGACAAAAAGUUCGGUAUGCGAGAAACUGGUUGGAGCAGCAUGGACGAAAUUUUUAAAAUUUUCUCGGAACCCUCAUUGUCUUCUCAGAAUCAAACUGACAUGCAAUGCCGGAUGGACCGAUGACGAACUGAACCAUGUUCUUUCCUCAAUAAAAUCAACUUUCGUUUAA